GAGCCGGCAGAUUAUCACCGGCUCAACCAACGCGCUCUGCUCUGCAGGAAGAACCACUCGGUCCAUUCAACCUUGAACAGGCUGAGGCUCCAGAGCUCAAACCACCACCUCUACCUGCUCUUUUCUGUCUCUUUCACCUGGAAUCUACCUCUCUACUGUGGAGGAAUGCCCAGAGAGCUGACCCAGAACAGGAUCCAAAAGAUCUGGGUGCCCACCAAGGAUGAUAAACCGGCACCAAGGAGAGCGGCUGGCUCCCCCGACUUUGCCAACCCUCCCACCGUCAUCGUGAUGGUGGGGCUUCCGGCUCGAGGCAAGACGUACAUGUCCAAGAAACUCACCCGCUACCUAAACUGGAUCGGCAUGCCCACUAAAGUCUUCAAUGUUGGAGAGUACCGCAGGGAGGCGGUCAAGAACUACAGCUCCUAUGACUUCUUCAAGCCUGAUAAUGAGUGUGCCGUGAAAAUCAGGCAGCAGUGUGCCUUAGCAGCCUUGAGGGAUGUCAAAUCCUACUUGAAGGACGAGGGAGGCCAAGUAGCGGUCUUCGACGCCACAAACACGACGAGAGAAAGGCGAGACAUGAUCCUCCAGUUUGGCAGUGAGAAUGCCUUCAAGAUCUUUUUCAUCGAGUCCGUGUGCGACGAUCCCAGCGUCAUCGCGUCGAACAUCAUGGAAGUGAAGGUGUCGUGUCCGGACUACCGGGACUGCAACAAGACCGACGCAAUGUUGGAUUUCCAUAGGAGGAUUGAAUGCUACAAAACCAGCUACCAGCCUCUGGACCCCGAUCAGUAUGACAGGGAUCUCUCCUUCAUCCAGGUGAUAGACGUGGGUCGGCGCUUCCUCGUCAACCGGAUCCAGGAUCACAUCCAGAGCAAAAUUGUCUACUACCUGAUGAACAUCCACGUCCAGCAGCGCACCAUCUACCUGUGUCGGCACGGGGAGAGCACCGACAACCUGGAGGGACGGCUGGGCGGCGACGCGGGCCUCUCGCCGCGGGGCAAGCAGUUUUCGGCCGCCCUGGCUCGGUUCGUGGAGGAGCAGCAGCCGAAGGAUCUGAAAGUUUGGACCAGCCAGCUGUGUCGCAGCAUCCAGACCGCCGAGCACCUGGGAGUCCCCUAUGAACAGUGGAAGGCUCUCAACGAGAUAGACGCUGGAAUGUGUGAAGAGUUGACGUACGACGAGAUGAAGGAGAAAUUCCCGGACGAGUUUACUUUGAGAGAUGAAGAUAAAUACUACUAUCGCUACCCUGCUGGAGAGUCCUACCAGGACCUGGUCCAGCGGGUGGAGCCGGUCAUCAUGGACCUGGAGAGGCAAGAGAACGUCCUGGUUAUCUGCCACCAGGCUGUCAUGCGCUGCCUGCUGGCCUACUUCCUGGAUAAGAGUGCAGAGGAGAUGCCCUACCUGAAGUGUCCCCUCCACACAGUGCUGAAGCUCACCCCGGUCGCCUACGGGUGCAAAGUGGAGUCCAUUUGUCUGAAUGUGGAUGCAGUGAACACCCACAGAGACAGACCAGAGGAGGUGAGGAGGGGUCCUGGCACAUUGCUCAGGCGGAACAGCGUGACUCCUCUGACCAGCCCCGAGUCGAACAUCAAGAAACCUCGCAUCGAUGACCUAGACGAAGCUCCGAUCCAGGAGCUGCCUCCAUCUGUUGCCUCGCUGGCGCUCUGCAGCCCCUCACACCUCCCUCUCGCCCUGGCCGGACAGCACUGGCUGGGCAAAGUUUGCCUACGAGCCAUCCUCCAAUAUCUGGAAGUGGUUUCACUAGUCUUUCAAAGAACCUGAGGAGGAAGUCAUCUGGCCUCCGUGACGUCCUGCAGCCCUGCAAAUAACAUUACAAACAUGUGUCACCUGGCUCAAAAACGCCGGAGAGUGGAUCGCUGACAAAGGCUCAUUGAAGGCUACGACAUGAAGAGAUAAACUGAGUUAUUUUUAAAAAUGUUCGGUAUAUGUUGCAUCAUUUUGUCAGCCAAGGACACAAGUAACUACCUUUUAUUAUUCAAAAAGGACCAUGGUUAUUUAAUUGUUGUCCUAUAAGAUAUUUUAAAUUUUAAAGCUCUUAAAUUCUCCUUUUCUUAACAUCGUCAGAUAUUUUUCUUUCUCUCUGAGACUGAAAUGUGUUUACUGGGAAAGUUUUAACAGCGUCAUGUGUAUAAUUCAUCCAGACUGAAAGAGGGGAACUGUGACUCAUUUAAAUCAGACAGUCAUUCCUGUUGCAUCUCACAGCUCAGAUGGCUCUCUGGGAAAGCAGUUUCUACUGGUUUACUAUUUUGGAGAGACCCAAGACACCUAGAUAAAUCUUUCAGCCCAUCCUUUUGUUCAACUUUGGAUGUAGUAUUUAGUCUACAUCGUAAACUCUUUAGCACUUCUUCGUCGUUUUUCAUGCGCGUUUUUUCUAAAAUGUGUGAAAAAGAAGAGCGUCAUGAUUUAAUUGACACCUUUAUAUGCUGACAUUAAAAUAAGCAAUUAUUUUGCACAGUGGGGGGGAUACAUUUAUAUGUUUGUUUUUUUGUGUCACUAUGUAUUUUUCAUGUCACGUCACGUUCACGGUGAUGGAGGUGAUUAUUUUGCCGUAGAGUGCCUGUAGUGCUUGUUUUGCAAGCCCGACGCCGCUUCUCUUGCCAUUUCUCUGCUCGAGAAGAAGGCACCACAUUUCACCUAAUAACUCCACAUAUCACGUCGAUAUUUUACUUUUCACGGUGUUGGAUAGUUAUUUUCAUUGUGUUGUUUAGUCUCUACAGUGCAUGCCGAUCAUUUAACAGUUCUUAAAUUUCAAGUUUGUUUUCCUUGAUUUUCCUUUUUGCUGUCAUGCUACGCACAAAUGCAAGCACCUAUAUUUUUGUUAUAACAAUGCGUGCUGUUAAUAAUAUCUUUGUAAAUGUUAGUGUACAUACAGUAUAACUGGAGAUGCAUGGGAGAUGACUUUCUUUAAAUGAAAAUGUGUGUAGAAGUAUUUUUGUACUAAUGGAAAGCGCGAUCAUGUUGAGAAAGAAGCUGCCGCUUACCUCUCAGUAAAACUUUUAACAUGUUUGCUUGAGAUACUUGAAAUUUGUUUUUUGUAAAAACUUUUAUUAUAUUCUUUAUUUAUUUUUACGUAGUUUCAGAUGCUUUGAGGUCUAAUCUGAGGACUAUGCAUGAGAGGACAGUAUGUUGUACAGUUGAUUUUUGCAUCUGCUGGACCAAUAAAUUAACGCCUAGAAAUUA